AAAAUCUCCCCCAGUGAUCGUUGUUUUAACACGCACGGAAAAAGGAAGAGAAAGGAAUUCCGUUUGGUUUCCGCCACCUGAUAAAGAAAAAAAAAUCCCAAAAUAUUACAUACGUCUCUCCCUCUCUCUCCCUCUCUCUCUCUCCCUGUAGAAUUAAACGAUGAAUUCUGUGUGUUCUUGUAGCAGGCCCAUGAUUGCAGCAGCUAAAUCCAUGGAUAUUAACAUGAGCUGCUUAAGAAGAGGAGUUGUAAUAGUACCUCAUGGUACAAGCAACAGUAGCUCAAGGAGGGUCUGUGGAGUUGUUAGAGCUUCAAUGUUGGAUUCUUAUGAGAGUUCUUCUGAUAUUGCUAAGAGAAUGGAACAAGCUUGGUUAAUCUCUCAGCAACCAAGGCCAGUUUCGUGUACUUCCUGCGAUUCAAAUGGGCAUGUUGAAUGCCAGUGGUGUAGGGGUACAGGGUUCUUCAUUCUUGGCGAUAACAUGCUCUGCCAAGUUCCUUCCAGAAAUACCACUUGUGUUAUUUGUGCUGGAAAGGGGUCAAUGCGCUGCUCUGAUUGUAAAGGAACUGGCUUUCGUGCCAAGUGGUUGGGGGAGCCUCUGAUCUCCAAGUAACAGCAUUGUAAUGCAGUUGUCAGGAAGUUAAAGCUACCGAACAGGUGCAGGAAAUAUUGCAAGGCUUCUUCUUAUUCAUGUUCUGAUUUAUUCUCCUUUUCUGUUUUGGAAUUUAUACAAGUGAUUACAUUAACUUCAUAGUACAACUCAUACCUGUAUUUGUCAUGAUUAUUCAACAAAUCAGUCCAUGUAUUGGAUUAAAUUCUAAGGAAGUAAAUAUCUAACUUUUUUCGA